UUAUCCUUGUGUGUAUUCAUGCUUGUAACUGGAUAUGAUACAUGAUACAAGAUAUAUCUUGUCGUCGUCAUCGUCAUCCACAUUAUCAUCUAUCCAUCCAGCAAGCUAGUGAUCAUUUUUUUUUUUUUUUUUGAAGAGCCACCAUGCUAUCCUUUGAUUAUUGGGAUUUGCAUUGUUUGCAUUCAUAAAUUUCGAAAUAUUCGAUUUUAGGAAUUUUUUUUUUUUUUUUUUGUUAAUGAAUGAAUAUUCGAUGCAAUAUAUAAUUCCAUUAAUUAUUGAAGCAUAAACACACACACACAUACACACAUGCUAAAUGAUAUUAUAUUAAAUUAAAUUAUUAUCCAAUGGCAAUCAUCAUUUGAAGUGGAAUCUUAUCUAUAUUGGUGGAAUAUCAUCAAUUUUCGCUAUUUCUUUACUAUCAUCAACUACCUCAACUAAAAUAAAUCUCAUUUUUUUUCCAACUGCUGCUGAAAUCGAUUGAAUAUUUUCGCCAAACACACACACACAUGUGAUAUAUUAAAGAUUAAUCAAAAACAAGAACAAAAAAAAAAUACUGCAUAAAAAACUCCCUCCGAAUGAAUCGAAUUAUCAUUGAGUAUGUUGGCUGUUGUUGUUGUUAUUGUUGUUGUUGAAUAAAUUGAAUAUAAUGUCAAACGACGAUCGUAAUUUUCGUUAUGGAUAUUAUGAAAAAGUUGGUUUUGGUGGUAUUGAAGAGAAAAAAUCAUUGGAAAUUCUUUUACGAGAAAAUCCACCAGAUUUAUUGUCACGUCUGGCACAAUUGGCUUCCCGAUAUUCAUUGUCACCUGGACAACGUAAACAAGUAUGGCAAUUAUUAUUGGAUGUAAUAAAACCGGAUAAUCGAAUCAAUGAAAUUCGAUGCCAGACACGACGUAAAAUUGUUCAACAUAUAAUCCAAGCACUUACAGUAAUGGGUUUGAUUAAUCAUGAACAAAUCAAUAUUGAUGAUGAUUCAAUGUUGGCCGAAAGAAUCAUUAAUGUUCAAGAUUAUCCUCGUAUGAUUGUCAUCAUUUUCCUAUUGGAAACAAAACAAUUAGCAUCUACAAUGAAUAUUGCUCAUCAGUUACAAAAAAUCGAUACUCAUGAUUUGCUAUAUUUAAGUGAAGUUUUUGCCAAAGAAUUUGUUCAUACAAAUUCACCAUCAUCAUUACCACCAUAUACUUUUGAAGAUACUUAUUGGAUUUAUAAACAUUUUAUGUUGAUUAUCAAUUCCAAUAUUGGUACAUUAAUCGAAACGUAUGAAAAAUUCAUCCAAUACUUGUCACAUGAAGACAAUACAUUACACAAUCAUCUGGUUAAGAAUGGAAUCAUCAAACAAAUUGACAACAAUUGCAAUUGCAAUGGUAAUGGUAAUGGUAACAAUAAUAAUUUAAAUUUUCAAUUUUCACAUCAUCAUCAUCAUCAACAACAACAACAAUCGUUAACAAACAAUUCAAAUCAACAUACUCAAAAUUCUACAUUAUUACAGCCAUCAACAUCACAAUCAUGGAUUUGUCGUCAGAAUUCUAUACAUCAGAAAAAAGUGCAUACAUUCCGACCGAUAAUCACAUGGUUUGUUCGGUUUUUUUCCGGUAUAAUACAUCAAAAUUUUGUUAUCAGAGUUUUGGACAAAGUAAUUGGCUGUCUAAUAAAUGGAUCUCGACCAUUUUAUGUAUUGAUUUCUGUAAGCAAAGCAUUAAUAUUAUAUCAACGUAAACAAUUACUACGAUUGAAUAAUACUGAACAGCUUAAACAUCAAUUAUUGAUGCCAUUAUCAUUGGAAGAAUCGGAAAAUAUUUUCUUUCGAGCCGUCAACAAUUGAUGACUGAUGGUGGUGGUGGUGAUAUAUUGAUAAUAAAUCGCAUAAAACAAAAAAACUAAAGUGUAAUAUUUUGACAAAUUUUGCAAUGACUAUAGAAAAAAUGUGUGUGUGUGAAAAAGAUUUUUUUUUGUUUACCAAUAAAUUCACUAGUCAACAAGAUAAAAAAUUCAA